AUGGCUUCAUCAAAGUCUUCGAUGGAAGCACAUCUCGAACUCUAUGAAAUCAUUCUUUCAGCAGCCAAGCCCAUGGCCCUUCGAGCUGCUGUUUUGCUUAACAUUCCUGACAUUAUUGCCAUCCAUGGUAGUCAGAAUCCCCUCUCUGUGGACCAAAUUGCAUCACAUAUUUCUUCUUCCACCAACAAACCUGCCCAUACCGACUACCUGUUUAGAAUCAUGAGGCUUCUGGCUUCCAUUAGUGUCUUCACAGAAGAGACCACAAUAGAUUAUGGUGGCACUCCCCAAUUCAAAUAUGGCCUCACCAGCAUCUCUAAGUUGCUGGUGAAAAAUGAUGCCCAACAAUCCUGUGCACCCACUGUCUUGGCCAUUAAUCUAAAGUGCAUAGUAGAUGGUUAUCAAUAUCUUCAUGACUCUGUCAUAGAAGGCUGCCAUGCAUUCACCAAAGCCAAUGGCAUGGGCAUAUUUGAAUACAACAGCCAUAAUCCUGAAGCAAACAGGAUUUUCAAUGAGGGCAUGGCUACUAAUACUGGCCCUUUAAUGGCUCAUGUGGUGAAGAUUUAUGAUGGGUUUAAGAGUUUGAAGAGUGUGGUGGAUGUUGCAGGAGGGGUAGGGUCUGCACUAUCUGUAAUAGUUGCAGAAUAUCCCCACAUUCAUGGCAUCAAUUUCGACCUUCCUCAUGUCAUAAGGACUGCUUCUCCCAUACAUGGAGUAGAGCAUGUGGAGGGCAAUAUGUUUGAACAAAUUCCUCCAGCAAAUGCAGUUUUUAUGAAGUGGAUUCUGCAUGAUUGGGACAAUGAACAGUGUUUAAAAAUCUUGAAAAAUUGCUAUGAAGCAAUACCAGAGGACGGGAAAGUAUUAAUUGUGGAUGCAGUUAUUGAUGAAGAAGAAGGGAUGAAGAGGCAAGCAGGAUUAUUGUUUGAUAUGUGUAUGAUGGCUGCUUGUACCGGUGGAAAAGAAAGAACAUGGAAAGAAUUUGAGGACCUGUUUUACAAAGCAGGCUUCAACAGUUACCGUGUCAUUAAAUUACCUUUCCUUCAAUCACUCAUAGAAAUUUCUAAAUAGUAAGUGAGGAGCAGCAACAAAGAACUCUUCCAAAUACCAAUAGAAAAUAUGGAUAUAUGUAUGUCAAUUUUAAACCUUGCCAGACAAGUUUGGAAUUACCUUUCAAAAAUCAGUAUUUUAUUUUUCUAAGCAACUAGUAAUCUUGAAUGAUGUGAUACAAUAUAUUUUGUAAUUUUGCAGCUGAGGAUGAAUAUAUGUGCACUUUAUCUUAAAUCCAGAAUUCUAAUUCUAUUGGAAUCUGAUU